AUGCACCCAUCCUCCUGUGACACCUUCGUGGCUCUGCCCCCCUCCACUGAGAGACAAUGCAUCAUCUUUGGGAAAAACUCUGACAGGCCUUGUGAUGAAGUUCAGGAGGUGGUCUAUUUUCCUGCCAGAGAUUUUGAUGCAGGGGAGAAGGUUGAGUGUACAUACAUAGAGAUCGAGCAGGUUGCCCACACUUAUGCAGUGAUGUUGAGCAAACCAGCAUGGCUGUGGGGCGCAGAAAUGGGCGCAAAUGAGCAUCAAGUGUGUAUUGGAAAUGAAGCAGUGUGGGGCAGAGAGAGUGCAGAUGGUGACGAAGCUCUUCUCGGUAUGGAUCUUGUCAGGCUUGGACUUGAGAGAGCGGAUACAGCUGAGAAAGCUGUGGAUGUUAUCACUGAGCUGCUGGAGAAAUACGGCCAGGGAGGAUCGUGCAUGGAGGAUCAGGGAAGCUUCACCUACCACAACAGCUUCCUCAUCUCUGACAGGAAGGAGGCAUGGCUGCUGGAAACAUCAGGGAAGCACUGGGCAGCAGAGAGAAGGCAAGCUGGAUAUCGCAACAUCUCAAACGAGUAUAGCAUAAAAACUAAGAUCGACAAGGAACACCCAGAAUUGAGGAAAUAUGCACAGAGCAAAGGCUGGUGGGAUGGAAAGACUCAGUUCAACUUUUCCACGGUCUACUCCUUUACCACUACAGCCAGAAUAGAAGCUGCUGGGAGCCGAUACUGUGAGGGGAAGAAGUUGCUGAAAAAGAGCAAUGGUCACAUUACUGCUGAGACGAUGAUGGAUAUCCUGAGAGAUAAAGACAGUGGCAUCAACAUGGAGGGCAUGUUCAUGACAACGGGAAGUAUGGUGUCUGUGAUACCCACUGAUCCCUCUCUGCCCGGGGUUCACUACUUUACAGCAACUCCAGACCCUGAAAGGUCCGUAUUCAAACCUUUCAUCUUUGUGAAGAACAUUAAUGCGAUUAAUUUGCCGAAGGAGACUACUUCUCCCAGCUAUGGUGCGGAUGACCCUGUCAAGAAGAAACCUCGCUUCCAGAGCAAACCUGACCGCAAACACGAGUUGUUUGUCAAACAUGAACUGGUGGCGGCCAUCAUGGAGUCCUUCAAGGACAGAGGAAAGAAGAUCACAGAAAAUAUGAGGAGACUGGAGAAGGAGAAGAUGACAAAGAUGGAGGAGAUUCUUUCACAUGGCAUUAAGGAACCAGACCUUUUGGUGAAUCUGUUCCCGAGCUGUGUUCAGGAGGAGAUGGCCGUGUACGGCAAGAGUUGAAACCACAAAACAGAACUGCAGAGUGACACAGCCAGCAUAGGCUUCUACGUUUACCGUUGAAUCAGGUGUAAAAAAACAUGGUUGUAUAAUUAAAUAGAACUUGAGAAAUUAACAUUGUUGUACAAAAAGUAAAACAGACUUGGAUACCCA